GGGAGAUCGAACAACUACCUCAUUGUUGUGUCUGGGUGUCACUUGAAACAUUAUACUUGUUGUAGAAGCGUGUUGAUAGGUUUUCACAUAUUUUUUGGACUCGGAUUGCUUACGUUCUGUAGAGUGUAUUAUGCCUGAUAGAAGAUGGGAAGGUGUUACUUGGAAUUUGAAAAAGGUUCGUCGGUGCUGUCCAACAUGAGGAAUUAAAGUCGCUACUUGUCACAGGUUGCGCAUUUGUGAAGUACGGGUCACACACAGAGGCACAGGCGGCCAUCAACAGUCUCCACGGAAGUCAGACAAUGCCGCAGCCAGAACAUACAGAAGGGGGCGCCUCCUCGAGCCUGGUGGUGAAGUUUGCAGACACGGAGAAGGAAAGGCAGCUUCGACGCAUGCAACAGAUGGCUGGAAAUAUGGGUCUCCUCAACCCUUUUGUCUUCAACCAGUUUGGGGCUUAUGGGGCCUAUGCUCAAGUUAAUGUCACAGAGCAGCAGUUCAUGCAACAGCAGGCAGCACUGAUGGCAGCAGCUACACAGGGCACAUACAUCAACCCCAUGGCUGCCCUUGCCACCCAGAUGCCCCAUGCUGGAGCACCCUUGGCUAAUGGCAUCACCAGCCCAGUUGUCCCGCCCACUUCCGCGUCUGUGCCAUUGGUGUGGGACAUUCAGAGUCCAAAAGUUGGUGCCAGUCAAGCUCAGCCCGUAAACGGCGCAUUGCCCUCCAUGCCUUCCCCUACGAUGCAGAAUUUCAAUAUAGCUCCUCAGCCAGGGCCCAAUAGCCAGCCAGGCGGGAGCGAGGCUGUCUUUGCCAAUGGCCUCCCUCAAACCUUUGCUGCACCCCAACCUAUUCCCAAUGGUGAAGCAGCCACUCUGCAGCCUUCCGCAGCAUACCCGGGCAUGCCUUACUCUGGUGUUGCCGUGUAUCCUGCGCCCGUGUAUGGCCAGUACGCCCAGGCGCCCUCUCCACAACUGGCACCCAUGCCCCACAACAAGGUCGAAGGUUGCUCCAUCUCGGGACCAGAGGGAUGCAAUCUCUUCAUCUACCACCUGCCACAGGAGUUCGGUGAUGCUGAGCUGAUGCAGAUGUUCAUUCCCUUUGGAAAUGUUAUCUCCUCCAAGGUGUUCAUUGACAGAGCCACCAACCAAAGCAAGUGUUUCGGUUUCGUAAGCUUUGACAACCCUGCCUCAGCUCAGGCUGCAAUCCAGGCGAUGAAUGGCUUCCAGAUUGGCAUGAAGCGUCUAAAGGUUCAGCUCAAGCGACCCAAGGAUGCCAAUAGACCCUACUAACGGCCGCACUCAGUAGGGGAGACCAGGGGUAUCCAACGGUGAAUUGGUUCUUGAAGAAGAUGGCUCCGUGUUUAUCAUAGCUUGAAUAUGACAUUUAUAUCAAGUAUUAGGAAUCCAAAGCUUAGGCGAUAAGAAGAAAAAAAAAAAAAA